GUUCCAUUCAAUGUAAAACGCCGAUAAUCUUAUAAGGUUUCAUCGCUCACGUACAUCCGCAUGGUAAAAUGAUAAUUCAACAAAAGGUAGUACGCAAUACAGUGGAAAGAGCAUCUUGGCGUAUGUUUGAGUAAAUAAUCUUCCAAAUACCGCUUACCAUUAAUGAUUCGCUGAUAGCACUUGAAACAAGUCACAUUAAAUUAACGUAGUUGUUUUUCGUGAAUGUUUGCACAUUUUAAUUACCAUACAAUGGAUGCGUCAAGAACGAAACAGAUCGAGAUUUGGGAAAAACAGUACUCCCCCAGCCAAUGGAGUAAGCGUUUCCCAACGGCCAGCGAAUGCAUUGACUAUCAUCUCAAAUUUGUCCGCGACCUUAGUGACGAAAAUCGCAAGGAAUUCCAAUGCAACCUGAACGUCGCAUACGGUGAUAUGGAACGCGAAAAAUUUGAUAUCUAUGGCCACGACUUGCCGGAAGACGCACCCCUGUUCGUAUACAUUCACGGGGGCUUCUGGCAAAUGUUGAACAAGGAAGAAUCCGCGUAUUGUGUAAAACCGCUGGUCGAAAGGGGCUUUCGAGUGAUCAUAUUGGACUACGAGCUUUGUCCGGAUGUUGCUUUAGAGCAAAUUGUCGUACAGAUCAAACGUGCUGGCGAGCAUAUUCUGAAUUAUGCAGCAGUGAAUCGAGUCAAACACGUUUGUUUCGCUGGUCAUUCGGCUGGAGCACAUCUUAUAGCAACGAUGCUGGAUCGCGAUUUCGUUGCGACAGUCGGAUCGAAGAUUCAGCUGAUCAAACACUUGUACCUGAUAUCCGGCGUCUACGGACUAGAUGAAUUGCGUUUUACACAGGCCGUAAAUGCAGACAAUUUGCUUGGUUUGGAUGAUGCUACAACUAUAAGUUUAUCACCAAUGCAAAUGUCAUAUCAGCAUCUCUCUAAUCUUGGGAUCAAAUUUCACAUCUAUGUAGCUGAGCAUGACAGUAGUGUUUUCAAGCAGAUGUCAAUCGAUUUGAACAAACAUCUGGACAGAUAUGGGAUAACGAGUGAUCUACAUAUUCUUCCUGGGCUGGAUCACUUUGAUAUUGUUGAAAAGCUGUCGGAAAAGAAUUUUGUUAUAACUAGUCAAAUACUGGAAAAUGUAUAGAAACAAUACCAUGAGAUAAAUAUUGACUAACAAUA